AUGAAGUUGAUUGACCAGUGCUCUUUAGCUGUUACUUUGCCAGCCACAUGGUCUCCAUGCAAGGCCUGGGUCCCCAACCACUGCAGGAGUCCCAGCAAGGCUGUGUGCAACUUCGUGUGCGACUGUAGAGACUGUUCGGACGAGUCCCAGUGUGGUUUCCACAGUGCCUUGCCCACCCUGGGAACCCCCUUCACCUGCAACUUUGAGCAGGAUCCUUGUGGCUGGCAGGACAUCAGCACCUCAGGUUAUAGCUGGCUUCGAGACCGAGCAGGGGCAGUGUUCGAUGGUCCUGGGCCUCAUUCGGACCACACCCAUGGCAGUGACCUGGGCUGGUACAUGGCUGUGGGAACUCACCGUGGGAAGGAGACAUCCACUGCGACUCUACGCUCCCCUGUCCUGCAUGAGGCAGCCCCAACCUGUGAACUGAGGCUUUGGUACCAUGCAGUCUCUAGAGAUGUAGCAGAGCUUCGGCUGGAGCUGACCCAUGGUGUGGAGACACUGAACCUAUGGCAGAGCUCAGGACCUUGGGGUUCUGGCUGGCAGGAGCUGGCAGUCAACACUGGCCGCAUCCGGGGUGACUUCCGAGUGACCUUUUCUGUCACCCGAAAUGCUACACACAGGGGUGCUGUGGCCGUGGAUGAUGUGGAGUUCUGGAAUUGUGGACUGCCCAUCCCUCAGGCCAGCUGCCCCAUGGGGCACCACCACUGCCAGAACAAGGCUUGUGUGGAGCCCCACCAGCUGUGUGACAAUGAAGACAACUGUGGUGAUGGCUCUGAUGAGGACCUGCUAAUCUGCAGCCACCACAUGCUCACUGACUUUGAGACAGGCCUGGGAUUGUGGAACCACUCUCAGGGCUGGGCCUGGAACCACAGUGCUGUCAGCUCUGUGAUCCCUGCCUGGCCCCACCGAGAUCACAGCCAGAACAGUGCACAUGGCUCCUUCCUGGUUUCCCUGGCCAAACCUGGCACCCCUGCUGUCCUCUUCAGUCCUGAAUUCCAAGCCUCAGGCUCCUUCAACUGCUCGCUCACCUUCUAUUACUACCUUCACGGGUCCGAGGCUGGCCGUUUGCAGCUGCUCCUGCAGGCACAAGGGUCCAAAACCCCCAAGGUUCCCAUACUGCUUCGGAGUCGCCAUGGGGAGCUGGGGGCAGCCUGGGUCAGAGACCGGGUUGACAUCCAGAGUGCCCACCCCUUCCAGAUCCUCCUGACUGGGGAGACGGGGCCAGGAGGCAUCGUGGGCCUGGACGACCUCAUCCUGUCCAACCACUGCAGACCUGUUCCAGAGGUGUCCACCCUGCAGUUGUCACUUCCUGGGCCUGGGGCUCCCGUCCUCUUCCCCCAGCCAUCCACCCAGUCACUCCGGAAUGUCUGCGAGCCAGGGCAUCUCUCCUGUGGAGACCUGUGUGUACCCCCAGAGCACCUGUGUGAUUUCCAGCAGCAGUGCACCGAGGGCGAAGAUGAGCGGGAGUGUGGCGCCACAGACUUUGAGUCCACUUCUGCCGGGGGCUGGGAGGACAUCAGCGUAGGACAGCUACAGUGGAAGUUGGUUGAAGCCCAUGAGAGCAGAGAACCUGCCAGGGAUGCCAACCGGGCUGCUGCUGGGCACUUCCUGUCUCUGAAGAAAGCCUGGGGGCAGCUGAGGGCAGAGGCCCGGGCCCUCACACCUGCUCUGGGUCCCUCUGGGCCCCACUGUGAACUCCACAUGGCUUACUAUUUCCACAGUCACCCCCAAGGCUUCUUGUCACUCAUGGUGGUAGAGAAUGGCUUCCGGGAGCUGCUGUGGCAGGCCCCAAGCAGCAGCAGUGGGGGCUGGACAGCAAACAAGGUUCUUCUUGGGGCACACCAUCGGCCCUUCCAGCUGGAGUUUGUCAGUCUGGUGGACUUGGAUGGCCCUGGCCAGCAGGGAGCUGGGGUGGACAAUGUGACCAUGAAGAACUGCAACCCCAUGGUGACCACUGAGAAUGACCAAGACAUCUCCUGUAACUUUGAACGAGAUGAGUGCAGCUGGCACACAGGCCACCUCACAGAUGCCCACUGGCAACGUAUAAAAAGCCAUGGCCCUGGGUAUGACCACACCACUGGCCAAGGUUUUUUCAUGUUCCUGGACCCCAUGGACCCACCAGCCCAUGGCCAAGCCGCCCACUUGCUUACCAGACCCCAGGUGCCUGCCAUCCCUAAGGAGUGCCUCAGCUUCUGGUACCACCUGUACGGUCCCCAGAUUGGGACACUGCGCCUGGCCAUGAGGCGAGAUAAGGAAGACAUACUGCUGUGGUCCCGGUCUGGCACUCAUGGCAACCGCUGGCGUCAGGCUUGGGUCACUCUCCACCACCAGCCAGAGGCCAGCACAAAGUACCAGCUUCUAUUUGAAGGCCUCCGGGAUGGGUACCAUGGCACAAUGGCACUGGAUGACAUGGCUGUGCGGCCUGGCCCCUGCUGGGCUCCCAAGAGCUGCUCCUUUGAGGACACUGCCUGUGGCUUUUCCCCAGGGGGCUCAGGACUAUGGAUUCAUCAGGGAAAUGCCUCAGGUCAUGCCCCCUGGGGUCCCUGGACAGACCAUACGACAGAGACGCCCCAAGGGCACUACAUGGUGGUGGACACCAGCCCACAUGCACUGCCAAAGGGCCAUGUGGCCUCCUUGACCUCAGAGCAGCAUCAGCCCCUGGCCCGGCCUGCCUGCCUGACCUUCUGGUACCAUAUGAGCCUCCGCAACCCAGGGACCCUGCGGGUCCAUGUGGAAGAGGGCACAAGCCGCCAGGAGCUCAGCAUCAGCGCCCAUGGUGGGUUUGCCUGGCACCUGGGCAGUGUGAACGUGCAGGCCAAGGAGGCCUGGAGGGUAGUGAUUGAGGCUGUGGCUGCUGGUGUGGAACACUCCUACAUGGCACUGGAUGACCUUUUCCUCCAAGAUGGGCCCUGCGCUCAACCAGGGUCCUGUGACUUUGAAUCAGGCCUAUGUGGCUGGAGCCACCUGGCCUGGCCCAGCCUAGGCAGGUACAGCUGGGACUGGAGCAGUGGAGCCACCCCAUCCCGCUACCCGCAGCCCACAGUGGACCACACACUGGGCACAGAGGCAGGCCACUUUGCCUUCUUUGAAACCAGUGUGCUGGGUCCCGGGAGCCAGGCAGCCUGGCUGCGCAGCGAGCCACUGCCAGCAACGACAGCCUCAUGCCUCUGCUUCUGGUACUACAUGGGCUUUCCUGAGCAUUUCUACAAGGGUGAACUCCGGGUGCUCCUGAGCAGUGCCCAAGGCCAGCUAGCUGUAUGGGGUGAGGGUGGGCGCCUGCGGCACCAGUGGUUGCAAGUCCAGAUCGAGGUGGCCAGCUCUGAAGAGUUCCAGAUCGUGUUUGAAGCCACCCUGGGUGGCCAGCCAGCACUGGGGCCCAUCGCCAUUGAUGAUGUGGAGUACCUGCCUGGACAGCACUGCCAGCAGCCUACUCCUAGCCAGGGUGACAUGGCAGCACCUCUGUCAGUGCCAGCUGCAGUUGGUGGGGCCCUCCUCUUCCUCGUGCUCCUGGUGCUCCUGGGGCUUGGGAGUUGGCACUGGCUGCAUAAGUGGGGCUGCCCCUUCCAGAGGAGCACAGAAACGGCAGCCUCCAGUUUUGACAACAUCCUCUUCAAUGCGGAUCAAGUCACCCUCCCAGCAUCUGUCACCAGCAACCCAUAGGUCACUGCAGGCAAGGCCUGGUCUCUCAUGCCAACUCCCACAGCACUAAGACCUCACAGACACCUGAGCUUUUUGCCGUCUGGGCCAGGAUGUGGGGACUGGGACAUGAUGCUCCC